AUGAGUAACAUCAUUCAAUCUAAUUCGCCACGUAAAGCCAAAGUGCCGUCGUCAUUGAUCCUCCCGGACGAUCUCAUCGCUGAAGUCCUAUCAUUGCUUGACAUAAAAUUUCUGAUGCAACUCAAAUGUGUUUGCAAAUCAUGGAAUUCACUCAUCUCCUCUGAUCCCACCUUCGCCAAAAUGCACCUCAUUAAAUCAUCUCCACAAAACCCUAAACACCUCACAAUGUUUUCGUGCAAGAACAAAGACUAUUCCUUUCCUAGUCAGUUUAUAACCAUUUCCAAAGAUUUUGUACUCAAUCACUAUCAAGUGAAGAACGAAGACUGUAACCUAGUUCUUGGUUCCUCCAAUGGAUUGAUAUGCAUGCUCAGUCAACAUAUAUACCAUAAUGUUCAAAACUUCCAUCUCCGUUUCUGGAACCCAGCCACGAGGUCAGUGUCAAAAAUAGUCGGCUGUUUUACCAAUACUUUUAUGGACCGGUAUGACUAUUUCAGAUUUUCAUUUGGUUGCGAUAAUACAACCGGAAAAUAUAAGGUGGUGGCAUUCAGUUCUGUAGAAGUCAGAGUUUUCACUCUGGGUGAUAAAUUUUGGAGAAUUAUUCAAAGAUUCCCUCUGCUUUCCAUUCGCAGCAAUAACGUUGGUUAUAAUGAAUGGAAGGAUCUUAAUGUUACUGUUGAGCAAUUUGUGAUCAUUUCCCUUGAUUUGGGGACAGAGACCUACACACAAUUGCUUCCUCCUCGGGGUUUCAAUGAAGUGCCACAUGUUAUGCCGGUAGUUUCUGUUUUGAUGCAUUGUCUUUGCUUUUGUCAUUAUUCCAACGGAAUGGAUUUUGUUAUAUGGCAAAUGACGAAAUUUAGAGCUGAAGAGUCUUGGACUAAGUUCCUCAAAUUUAGCUGUCAAAAUGUACGAGGACGAGUUGAUGAUCAUUUGUUGCCAUUAUACCUUUCAGAGAAUGGCGAUACAUUGAUAUUGUUAAGUGAUCAAGGACACGUUCACUAUAAUAGAAAAGAUGAUAAAGUAGAGCAAAGAGAAAUUAGUGAUGACAUUAAGAGGAUAGUUGCAAAGGAUUAUAUCGAAAGUUUGGUUUCAACUUGUUGA